AUGAUGCCAUUUGCCAGCUGCCACUUCGGACCGCCUGCUCCUGCUCAGGAGGAGCCGGAGUCGGCGUAUGGCAGCAAGGAGUAUGAAGACUUCCUGAAUGCAGAGCUGGCCACCUUACGGGAACGGCUGAUGGAGAAGCACCUGCAAGUGGCCGAUCGUCACGGAAUGCCCCAUGCGGACCACGCCGGGAGAGGGAGGCUGCAAAGUCUCACAGAAAGGGAAGAAGAUCCGGCCCAGCCGGACCCUUUCAAGGAUGAAGUUGCAGACGUGACCGCCAUCGUUCCUCAGUUCGUCUCAGCCCCAACAGCAACUCCACUCGAGCGAUGGGGCGCUUUGAGCUCCGGACUCCUCGAACGCGAGGAGGCGGGCGUGACGGAGGAAGAGGAGACGCAUAAAUUCGCCCUCGUGCACAAACACAUUCUGGACUUGCGUGGCCCAUGGAAGCUGUCCUACCAUGCAGCCCGCACUGCCCGUCGCAAGCGCACCGACUCGGCGAUGGAGUCGCGGCGAUUCAACGAGAUUUUCCUCGAAGAGUCCUGCUUGCAGCGAUUUGUCUUGAGUCCGGAAAGUCGGAUACAGCUGGGAUGGGCUCUUGCCGCCACGGUUCUCAUCGUAUGGGACAUGAUCACGAUUCCUCUGGAGUUCUUCCCCUUGACGGAGUUUGCAGGGCAUGUGGACAACGUCGCGUUGGCUUCCUUGGUCUUCUGGAUGCUCGAUGUUCCCUUGCACUUGGUCUUCGGUGUCCAAAUGGCUGGAGUCACGGAAAUGCGGCCGAAGAAGCUCUUCAAGCUUUACCUGCAGUCCUGGUUUGCAGUGGACAUGAUGAUCAUCUUCGUGGAUACUGUGGUGCUCACCUUGAAGUUCAUCUACUAUGCCGACCCGAAUCCAGUUUUUCGCUCUGGCCGUUUCCUUCGCAGCUUGCGGAUCAUCCGCUUAGUGCGGCUGAUUCGUGUAGCAAAGUUGGAGCGCAAGGUGUCCUUCGUUGCCAACCGCCUCCUGUCGACCUACUCUUUGAUGGCGCUGAAGGUGUGCGGCUAUCUUGCUGUCAUGCUGGCCAUCAACCACCUUAUCGCCUGUGGAUGGUAUGGCGUGGCCUACUGGACAAGCGACUUGGGCAACUGGCUCGAGCGUGCCAGCAUCAACGCGGACUCCACGCCGGAUGCGUACGUUGCUGCCAUGCAUUGGUCGCUCACGCAGUUUACUCCUGCGACGAAUCCCAUAGCUCCGUUCAAUGGCUGGGAACGGUUCUAUGCAAUCUGGGUGAUCCUCCUUGCGAUGGCUUCCUUCUCCUCCUUCAUUGGAUCCAUCGGUUCCACUGUCAGCUCCAUGCGGGCGGCCCGGAGGGGGCAGAUUUUGGAGCAAGGCAAACUCGAGUUGUUCUUUACUGAGCGGCAGCUGUCCCUGGCCCUCUUCAGCAAGGUCAAGGCAGCCCUCCGCGAUGAUCGGCGAGAACAAGUUCGACUCCGGGAAAGCGAGGUGAGUUUGAUCCAAGGCAUUCCGGAGAGGUACAAAGUCGAACUCCACAAGGAGAUGUUCAUGCACGCGUUGGCGCAAGCAAACAUUUGGCCACGGUGGAUCCAGCGCGAGGAGCCCUACUUCUACAGCAGCGUCUGUCAUCAGACAAUGAGGGAGUAUGCAUGCAGAGCCGGACAAGAUGUAUAUCUUCCACGGACCUCGUGCUGCAUCGUCUAUGCGUUGCAGACAGGCUGCAUGGAGUUCGUGGACGAUGACGUGAAAACCAAGCCUGUCGAGUGCGAGCCAGACACGGUGAUGGCGGUGAUUUGCCUGCCGAGCCUCUGGACCGAGUGGGAGCACACUGGGCGGCUGACCGCGAAGAGUGGCGUUUGCCACUACGCCGGAAUCGACUGCAACGCCUUCUGCAAUCUGGCAACGAACUUCGGCGGAAAGCUCUGCGAGUACCUGAAGGUCCUGGGCAUUCUAAUUCUCGGAGAGAUCGAGUCCAAGGAGGGCGAAGGCAUCCGGGUCUCCGACGUCUCCGUCCCCAGCGAAAUCCCACUGGAUGGCUUGGCCCCCCGCGCAGAGCAGUUCGCGUUCAUGAGAUCCAGGGCAUCCGCUGGAACGGAAUCGUCCGUAUCUGCGUCCGUGCGCAGCACUGCUCGCGGGAAGCUGCUCUGA